AUACACAAAGGUGGGCUAUGCAGGAAACACGGAGCCGCAGUUCAUCAUGCCGUCCUGCAUCGCCAUCAAGGAGUCGGCCAGCGUGGGGGAGCAGGCGCAGAGGAGGCUCACUCGAGGAGUGGACGACCUGGACUUUUACAUCGGGGACGAAGCUGUGGACAAACCCAACUAUGCAACCAAAUGGCCUAUCCGGCAUGGGAUGGUGGAAGACUGGGAUCUGAUGGAGAAGUUCCUGGAGCAAGUCAUCUUUAAGUACCUGCGUGCCGAACCAGAAGACCACAGCUUCCUCAUGACCGAGCCCCCUCUCAACACCCCGGAGAACCGAGAGUAUCUGGCAGAGAUCAUGUUUGAGACCUUCAAUAUACCCGGGCUCUACAUCGCAGUCCAGGCAGUGCUGGCGUUGGCGGCGUCUUGGACAUCCCGGCAAGUGGGGCAGAGGACGUUGACGGGUAUCGUGAUCGACAGUGGAGAUGGCGUCACGCACGCCAUCCCCGUGGCAGAGGGCUACGUGAUUGGCAGCUGUAUUAAGCACAUCCCCAUCGCGGGGCGGGACAUCACUUUCUUUAUCCAGCAGCUGCUCAGAGACAGAGAGGUGGGGAUUCCUCCGGAGCAGUCGAUGGAGACCGCUAAAGCCGUCAAGGAGCGCUACUGUUACAUCUGUCCGGACAUAGUGAAGGAGUUCACGAAGUACGACUCUGAUCCAGGAAAGUGGAUCAAGCUGUACAGAGGAGUUAACACCCUCACUAACUCCGCCUUCCACAUCGACGUGGGCUACGAGCGUUUCCUCGGCCCCGAAAUCUUCUUCCACCCUGAGUUCGCUAACCCUGACUUCACGCAGCCCAUCUCUGAUGUUGUGGACGAGGUCAUCCAGAGCUGUCCAAUCGACGUGAGGAGGCCGCUCUACAAGAACAUCGUUCUCUCUGGUGGUUCCACCAUGUUCAGGGACUUCGGACGUCGGCUGCAGAGAGACCUGAAGAGAGUGGUGGACGCCCGGUUGAGGCUGAGCGAGGAGCUGAGUGGGGGUCGGAUAAAGCCAAAGCCGAUGGAGGUUCAGGUGGUCACACAUCACAUGCAGAGAUACGCUGUUUGGUUUGGAGGCUCCAUGCUGGCGUCCACGUCGGAGUUCCCUCAGGUGUGUCACUCCAAGAAGGACUACGAUGAAGUGGGACCGAGCAUCUGUCGACACAACCCCGUGUUUGGCAUCAUGUCCUGACGACGGCGCCGGCUUCACCGCGCUAACCUGUUAGCAUGUUAGCCUGUCGCUCAGCUAGUCAAAGCCAGUUACCUGUUAGCUUGUUUACUUUAGCUUGUUAAAGUGAAGCACGAGUUUUGAAGGAAAGCCAAGGCAUACAGAGUUUUAUUUUGAUAAAAUAGUUUUGUUCAGAAAGAGGAGCGCAUGCGUGAGCCGCCACUUUACUAAUGUCCAUCCAGCAACACCACAGCUGCAGCUUCUGUCUUUGUCAGUGUCAGGUUUGGUGGUUGAGAACCCCUUUCAUCAUAGAGACGUAACAUAGCUUGAGUUUACUGACGAACUCGGUUGAGCCUCAGUUGUAAAUCUGAGCACAAAGGCUGUGUCCAAACUAGAACUUGAUAAGACAGAAUAACUGUGGACGGAGACAUCCAUGCAGUCACUGCUGCGUCAGUGCACUCAGAAAAACUAAAAUAAAAGAUUAUAUAUGCUAUUACAUAAAUCAGACUCACCACCAAACAAAACAAAGGCACAGUUUCAAAAGCCUAAAGAACAUUAAAAGUACGAUGUUGUUCUUUGUCGAGGAUAACAGUACUGGUGCUUUGUGAUCAAAUCCAGUCAACAAAUCUGACACAAAGCAAUAGAAUGUCAACAAAAACAACAAUUAGAAUCUUAUUUAUAAAAGGGAAAUUCAUUAAUUGUUGCUCUACAACAGGUGAUCUUUCCAGGCUGUACCCCGCCUUCCCUCAACUGUAGCUGGGAUAGGCUCCAGCAACCCUGUGGCCCCAAAUAAGAUUAAGUGUGUUUGGAUGUAUGAAAAUUCAUAAAUAACUUUAUUCUAUAGAAUAACUUUAGUUUUCUGACAGAGUGAGAACUUUUAGCUUCAUAUGGUACAAUGACAGCCACAUUUUAAAUCUGACAGAUCUUAUUUCCACACUGAAGAAUUAUCUGCAUAAGUGGAGACUAUGACAUGAUACCCUGCAAAGGGAUAUAUAUUUAAUCAAAAAUGGAUUUCUGUGCUUAAAGUACAUUAAGAUCUAUUUUUUUAGAUUCUAACAUGUAAUAAAAUCUGUAUUUAAUAAUUAAGGGGUUGUUAGAAUAUAUAAUCUUAGUGCAGGACUUUCAGAGAGAAAAAACAAAAUGUUCUCAUUCAAAAUAGCACAGAAAAUGACAGAACAUUUACAUCCAGUUUGUUGAAAUUCUUUCUCAAGUUUAGAUCAUUUAAUUAAAAAGAUCAGAAAUUGUGUUUCAAAAAUGAAUUGAUCCCACUGGUGAUUUAUGAACUUAGCCAAAAUGAUAUGUUCUUUAGAAGUAAUAGGUGAUUUCUGAUCAUUUUAUUCCAUAGAAACAACUGCAGCAAUAUUUUUACAAUCACAUUGUAUCUGGCGAAGGAACUUUUAUGUCUGCUUGUUUUAUAAAAACUCAUCAGAAUAUGAAUUUGCUUCGAUCCUCGCUGUGAAUUGUGUGAACAUGAAAAUGAAACUGUGAAUCUGACAGAUCCUGUAGUCUCAGGAUGAGGUGCCAAAAGUGAGCUCAGGUAAACCUGCUCCGAAAUGGGUCAUAAUUAUAGAUUUAAGGAACCACAGCAGCAACGCUGAUUAGAAAUUAUAAACAUGUGUAAACCAGCUCUGAAUUUUUUUUCUUAGCCCACUUGUGGAAAUGAUCUGAAGACCUGAUCUUAGUCCAGUGGAAUGCAUGUGCCACUGUUUUUGAUGUAGCAUUUUACAGUUGUGUGUUGUUGUUGCAUGGCUCUGCAAGAACACCACUGACCACUAGAUGGCAGCAUUCACUCUCUUAAAUACUAGAGGUCGCUGUGGACAAUCCUCCGUGAGCUAAGACCCCACCCCCCCACAGCAUCCAGAAGGCAGGUUUCUGAUGUGAGGGAACAUUUUAAGCACAGAAACUUCUUCCUAGAGUUACUGCACAUUUGUUUUCCUUCAGAAGAGCUCCCUGCUGUCUGACUUCUCUCAAUAUUAAAGCAGCUUCAGCGAAAACUAU